AGCUUAUUAUGAUUCCUUUCCUUCCUCUGUGUUUGCCCAGAAACAUCCUUUAUAUAUUCUUCAAAAUUCCAAUUUCUCGAUCAACCUAAACCCUAAUUUAACUCCUUUUUAUUUUCCUAUAGCCAGACUCUUAUCGUUUGUAGCAACCGCGAAAUCGCCGCGACACGUUUUGAAAAUCUGAGAUGGAUAACAACAAUUGGAGACCUUCCAUUCCAAAUGGAGAAUCUGCCAUGGCCACUGGUGACUGGAGAAAUCAAUUGACACCUGAUUCACGCCAGAAGAUCGUUAACAAGAUAAUAGAAACACUAAGGAGGCACAUUCCUCAUUCUGGACCAGAAGGAAUUGACGAGCUCAGCAGAAUUGCUGCUAGAUUCGAGGAGAAAACUUUUAGUGGUGCUGUUGACCAGACUGAUUACCUUCGGAAGAUAUCCAUGAAGAUGCUGACUAUUGAGACUCAAUCGCAAAAUGCAGCUGGCUCUUCCUCAACUACCACUGCUGCUAUUAAUGCCACAUCAAUGGAUUCAACACCCAACAAUCAAGGGCAACUUCUUCCAGGAACGUUACCAAACAAUCAGUCUCAGUCCCAAACCAUGCAUCAGAGUAAUACAGCCGCUGGAAUAACGGGUGGUUCUACUGGUUUACCAUCUUUCAUGCCGUCUGUUUCUUCCAUAGCCAAUAAUAACGUCACAAGCGAUGUAAACCAGAAUUCCAAUAUGCAAAAUGUAGCCGGAAUGUUGCAAGAUUCAUCUGGGCAGCAUGGCCUUUCAUCCAACAUGCUUUCAGGUUCCCAAAGGCAGAUGUUGGGCAGGCCACAUACUAUGUCUUCUCAGCAGCAGCAGCAGCAGCAGCCGCAGGGUGCUCAAUAUCUUUAUCAGCAGCAGCAACUUCUCAGGCAGAAUUUUCAGUCAGGGAAUAAUCCCAAUCCCAAUUUGCUUUUGCCAUCACAGAUACAACAACAGCAACAAAAUGUGCUGCAGCCCAAUCAAAUGCAAUCGUCUCAACAGCCUGGUAUUCAGACAUCUGCGUCAACGCAGCCCUCAGCUGUGAGCUCAGCUCCCCUACAGGCUCUACACACAAAUCAACAAUCAAGUUCUCAAUUGUCUGCUCAGCAGACUACAUCACAGACUAUUCUUCGUCAGAAUCAAACAUCGCUGCUAAGGCAACAUCCGCAAGCACAACAAGCCUCUGGGGUCCAUCAGCAACAAACUUCAUUGCCGCAGCAGUCUAUUUCUCCCCAGCAGCGAGCACAAAUGAUGCGGCAACAAGCUGCAAGUGGCUCCGGCAUCCAACAGAAGCAGAUGAUGGGACAGCAUGUUGUUGGGGAUAUGCAGCAGCAACAUCAACAAAGGUUACUGAACCAACAGAAUAAUAAUAUUAUGAACAUGCAACAGCAGCAGAAGCAACACCCACCGGCCCAGCAGCAAUUGAUGUCUCAACAAAACAGCCUUCAUCAGCAACCACUGGGCACUCAAAGCAAUGUUGCAGGACUGCAGCAACCACAACAACAGUUGCUCAGUUCCCAGGUUGGCAAUUCGAGCUUGCAGACUAACCAGCAGCCGGUUCACAUGUUAUCACAGCCAACCGCUGGGCUGCAACGAACACAUCAGGCUGGCCAUGGCUUGUUUCCUUCUCAGGGACAACAGUCACAAAAUCAGCCAUCCCAACAGCAGAUUAUGCCCCUUCAGUCGCAUCAUCAGCAGUUACAACAACCUAAUCUGCUACAACAGGAUGUGCAACAAAGGCUACAAUCUUCAGGCCAAGUCACAGGUUCCCUGCUUCCACCUCAAAAUGUAGUGGACCAACAGAGACAGCUAUAUCAAUCCCAAAGAACCCUUCCGGAGAUGCCAUCAUCAUCGCUAGACUCCACGGCACAGACGGAAAGUGGAAAUGCGGUUGAUUGGCAAGAGGAGGUUUUCCAGAAGAUCAAAACUAUGAAAGAAGCCUACUUUCCAGAUCUUACCCAAAUCUACCAGAGAGUUACAACCAAGUUGCAGCAAGAUCCUCUUCUGCAGCAACAAAGACCAGAGCAGUUUGAGAAAUUGAAACAGUUCAAGACAAUGUUGGAGCGAAUGAUGCAAUUCCUAUCGGUUUCAAAGAGCAGUAUCAUGCCUGCAUUAAAGAAUAAGGUGGCUAUUUAUGAGAAGCAGAUUAUAGAUUUCGUAACUACGCACAGGCCGAGGAAGCCAGUACAGCAAGGGCAGCUUCUGCAAUCUCAGAUGCAGCCUAUGCAGCAACAUUCAUCUCAGCCUAUGCAGCAAAAUUCAUCUCAGAACGGUAAUCAUUCUCAUGGUAGUCAAGCAAAUCUGCAGAUGCAGAACAGUGUUCUAUCAUCUCGUCCCGGAGCUUCAGCACCACAACAGAAUAUUCCUAGUUCCGUACCGGCUUCUAGUUUAGAGCCAGGCCAAGGAAAUGCACUGAAUAAUGGCCAGCAGGUUGCCAUGAGAUCCAUGCAACAAAAUACUUAUCAACAAGUAAAUAACAGUUCUGCCUCUGCUCAAAGUGGGUUAAGUACACUGCAGUCUAAUGUUAAUCAAACCCAGUUAAGUUCCAGUCUGCUUCAGCAACAGCACCUCAAGCAACAGAACGACCAACAAAUGACGCAGCAGCAGCAGCAGCAGCUCAAACAGCAAUUUCAACAGCGCCAGAUGCAGCAGCGGCAGCAUCAGCAACAGUUGCAAGCAAGACAGCAAGUAGCACAAAAUGAUAUGAAUGGUUUGACAGCAAGGCAGGGAAUGAAUGUCAGUCGUGGGAUGUUUCAGCAACAUUCUCUGCAGGGUCAGCUUGCUGCUUAUCCCCUUCAACAGUUAAAACCAGGAUCUCAGCUUCCUGUUACGUCGCCUCAACUUUUACCAGGUUCAUCUCCUCAGAUGACACAACAACAUUUGUCUCCCCAGAUCAACCAGAAAAAUGUGAUCUCAUCUGUCAACCAUAUGGGAACUCCAGUGCAACCUGCAAACUCCCCGUUCGUUGUCCCAUCCCCUUCAACCCCACUGGCACCAUCCCCUAUGCAAGUUGACUCUGAGAAACCUUCCGGAGCUUCUUCGUUGUCAAUGGGAUAUACUGCACGCCAACAAGCAACUGGAGUGCAAGGUGUAGUUCAACCCAUUGCAUUUGGCACUCCAGGGAUCUCUGCCUCUCCUCUCCUUCAGGAGUUUACUAGUCCAGACGGAAAUAAUUUAAAUACUUUGACCAGUACAUCUGGAAAAUCAAGUGCUACUGAGCUGCCUAUUGAACGCCUUAUCAGAGCCGUGAAGUCCAUCUCACGACAAUCACUUUCGUCUGCAGUAAGUGACAUCGGAUCUGUUGUAAGCAUGGUUGAUAUGAUAGCUGGUUCAGCACCAGGAAACGGUUCAAGAGCUUCAGUUGGCGAGGACUUGGUUGCAAUGACUAAAUGUCGUCUCCAAGCAAGAAACUUCAUGACGCAGGAGGGGAUGACACCGACCAAGAGAAUGAAGCGUCACACAACUGCAAUGCCGUUGAGCGUCUAUUCAUUAGAAGGAAGCGUUGGCGAUAACUGCAAGCAGUUUGCAUGUUCGGAAACAUCAGAUCUGGAAUCUACUGCGACUUCUGUUGGCAAGAAGGCAAGAACUGAGACCGAGCAUGCCCUUUUGGAGGAAAUCAAGGAAAUAAACCAGUGGCUGAUAGAUACAGUCGUUGAGAUUAGUGAUGAUGAAGAUGCUGCUGAUUCUAGUGAGGGAGAAACAGCAAGAAAAAGCUGUGAAGGAACGACAGUGAGAUUCUCGUUUAUAGCUGCUUCUCUCAGCCCAGACUUGAAGGCUCAUCUCUCAUCAAUCCAAAUGUAUCCUAUUCAACCAUUGCGUCUACUAGUACCUUGUAGCUACCCCAACGGCUCUCCAUCUCUCCUGGAUAAACUGCCGGUCGAAACCAGCAAAGAGAACGAGGACCUCUCGUCCAAAGCUAUGACAAGGUUCAACAUAUUGCUACGAAGAUCGUCACAGCCGAUGUCGCUCAAAGACAUAGCCAAGGCAUGGGACGUCUGCGCUCGGACUGUGAUAUGCGAGUACGCGCAGCAAAUAGGUGGUGGAACGUUUAGCUCAAAAUACGGCACUUGGGAGAAAUUUGUAGCUGCUUCCUGAAUCUGAUAUGCAUUCCUCAUCAUGUCCUUGAUCGUAACUAUGUGAUUCACUGUUUUGACAAGUCUUGUAUCACUAUCGUUAACUGUUUUCAUGUCGAAGCAUAGAAAAGGCCCUAAAAGAAUGUGAGUUUUUUUUGCCUUUACCACUGUUUGUUGUAUAGUGUAUAUUUUUCUUCUCAAUAUGAUUGGGAGCUUUAUCUAGUAUGUAAUUAUUUAAUACUCAAUAUUUUUCAAUUGUAUUGUAUAGUAUAUAUGUACUUUUGUAAACUUA